AUGGGGCAGUGCCACGUUAAAAACGACACUUGCCACAAGGUGUAUGUCGAGUUUCUUGACAUCCUGGGCCACUCUGCUGUGUGGCAACGCAGGAUCCGUCCAGGCAGGCAGUGCGACAUCGGUUCCACACAUGGGUACUUGAAGCUGACCAUAAAGGACGGACAUAACGACACCGUUGGGCAAAGCAUGAUGAGAGUUACGCCGGGCAAGGGUAAGGUAUAUUGGUGCUCCUACGUGAUAGAGCACGGGAUCAAGAAAAUGGACCAAGGUUUCAUGUGGGAUCCGGCCGCCAAAGCUGCUAAGGUUGUGGAGCAAUCUGGCAUCACAUCCAUGUCGACGUUCGACGGCUAUGAGAGCCCGCAGCCGCUGGGUCGCGCGUGCAGCGCCUGA